CACCUAUCCGUUUUCCAGGCCAAGAUGAAGUUUGUCGUCAGUACCGCAGCUCACCUGCUGUAUUCUUUCACGGCGUUAGCCUCGGCAAGCCCUGUAAUCCGCCAUCAACCUCUCUUCGCACGACAGGACAUUGAAACCCCCUUCAAUGCCUCCCUCCCUACUGUGGCCAUAUUUGCGACCGGUGGCACCAUUGCAUCGCAAGGCAGCACCAACACGCAGACCGUUGGCUAUUCCAUCGGCCUCGGCGUGCAACAGCUCAUCUCAGCUGUUCCCGAGAUCCUGAAUAUCUCCAACAUCGCAGGCUACCAGAUCUCAAAUGUGGCUAGCGGGAGCGUCAAUUCCACCAUCUCUUUGAAGCUUGCAGAAGCUAUCAAUGCCGAGUUGGCCAAGGAGGAGAUUAGUGGUGUUGUCAUUACCCAUGGUACGGAUACGCUGGAAGAGACGGCCUUCUUUCUAGACUUGGUCGUAGACAGCGAGAAGCCUGUGGUAUGCGUGGGUGCUAUGAGGCCUGCGACGGCCUUGAGUGCGGAUGGACCGUUGAACCUGCUUCAGGGGGUUACGUUGGCGGCGAGUGAAAAGGCUAGGGGCAGGGGCAGUAUGAUUGUGUUAAACGACCGUAUUGGCUCCGCCUUCUACACUACAAAAAACAACGCAAACUCCCUCGACACUUUCUACUCUACCGAACAAGGCCAACUAGGCUUUUUCAUUAACCAGGUCCCAUACUUCUACUACACCCCAUCCACACCCAUUGGCCGUACACACUUUUCACUCGCAAACAUAACCUCCCUUGCACCUAUCGACAUCCUUUACGCGCACCAGGACAUGAACCCUGCGCUCUUCAAUGCCUCUUACGCCUCCGGAGCGCAGGGCAUCGUAUACGCGGGCGUCGGCGCAGGCGGCAUGUCCGCAAAAGCCGAUCUCGCUGCUGAAGAGCUUUUCAAUGCCACGGGGCUGCCGAUUGUGUCGAGUCAUAGGAGUGCAGAGGGGUUUGUGAGUGACGGGCAGGAUUAUAGGAUCGCUGCCGGGUUUUUGAAUCCGCAAAAAGCGAGAAUCUUAUUGCAGCUGGCUGUUACAAAGGGCUUGGAGCUUGAAGAAAUUAAGCAGGUUUUUGCGAUGGGAUAUCCAAUGGUUUAA